GCGGGAGCGCUCAGUAAAUGGCGGGAGGGCGGAGCGGGGCCGUGAGGGUGGAGCGGGGCCGGGCGGGCGGAAGGCGGCGGAGCGAAGAUGGCAGAGCCGGAGGCGCAGCUGCUGCGGGCCGUGGGGCUGAUCGUGAACAUCUUUCCACCAUAGAAAAAGACACCAACGGAGAUGCUUUGUGGGUUUGGUGUUAUCCGUCCGUAACAGCGGAACUGAGGACUCUGCUGCUGCGAAAGUGCUGCCUUACAGAUGAAAACAAAUUGCUCCAUACGUUUGUCUUCGGCCAGUAUAAAAGGUCUUGGUUCUACAUCACAACGGUAGAAGUUCAAGAUUCUCCAGCCUUGAAUAAGGUGACCCACUUCUCCAUUGUCCUGACAGCCAAAGACUUCAACCCAGAGAAAUAUGCAGCCUUCACCAGGAUCCUCUGCAGAAUCUACUUGAAGCAUGGAAGUCCAGUUAAAAUGAUGGAGAGUUACAUUGCAGUCCUCACAAAGGGCAUCUGCCAAAGUGAAGAAAAUGGAUCCUUCCUCAGCAAGGACUUUGAUGCUCGGAAGGCUUACCUUGCUGGCUCCAUCAAAGAUAUAGUGUCUCAGUUUGGAAUGGAAACAGUUAUUUUAUAUACUGCACUGAUGUUAAAGAAGAGAAUUGUAGUUUACCAUCCUAGAAUAGAAGCUAUCCAGGAAUUUACCAGGACUUUGCCUGCUUUAGUAUGGCAUCGACAAGACUGGUCAAUUCUUCAUUCAUAUGUGCAUCUAAAUGAGGAGGAACUGGAAGCCUUAAAAGCCUGCACAGGUUACAUUGCUGGAUUUACAGACUCUGAAGUGAGCAGUAGAUCAGACCUCUAUGAUGUCUAUGUGAAUUUGGCAGACAGUGAGAUUACAGUUUCACCUGUAGUAAAAGAGGCAAUGACAAUGGGAAAACUUCACAAAGAAAUUGGACAGCUAAUUGUUCAAUCUGCAGAAGAUCCAGAUAAAUCAGACAGCCAAGUCAUUAAGGACAUUUCUCUGAAGACAAAAGAGAUCUUGGCUACUUUAGCCUCACUUACUGAAGUUUCUGAUGGCAAUGAAAAACCAACCCUUAAUGCUGAGGCCCUGAAACAAAAGCGAUUUCCACCAGCCACAGAAAACUUCCUUUUUCAUUUAGCAGCUGCUGAACAAAUGCUCAAAAUCUGAUUUUGAUGCCCUGCAGUGUUAUGGACCAAUUCUGAAAAAGCUGUCUAUGCCAUCCAGAUAGGUAUACCUGGUAUUUUAUAUGAAAACUAAAGGUAUGAGUCAAUGUCCUAGUUACCAUGAUGUAAUGCAGAAUAUUGGAGCUUGACUGGGAAUGUAUGGAGACAUAUUUGGGAAUAUUCCUGGUGUCAUUAUCUCCCCCAACUCUAACUGUGUACCUAUGGCUCCUGUAUUUCACCCCACAGAGUGAGGGGAUAUACAAGUAGCACAGGCCAGUGUGUCCAGGCUGUGUGUCCAUCAGUGUAGUGGCUGUUUGUCCUGCACACUCCAGAGGCUGGACAGCUCUGACUUGUCUACCUAGGGUCUGGAACAUGGCUGCAGCACAGCUGGGAAUGUGCUGAUCUCUGCACAGGACACCCUGAACAUGCAGCUGCUCUGAGUGCUCCUUCUGGGCUUCCAGGGAUGUCAGCUUGUCAGAUGCUGCUCUUGCUCUGAACUGCCUGAUUCCUGGAAAUCCCAAAUAAAUGGACAAGUUCUCUCUUUCUACUUGAAAGUGUCUAGGUGUGAAUAAAGGAUGUCUGGGAAAAUCUGAUGUGGUAGCCUUAGCAGGAAAAGGAAGGGAUGUUUUGAAGCUCAGGUGUGAGUUGAGCCCCUCUUUGGUACUCUUGCCUUGGAGGUUUUCCCCCUUUCACUCCAUCCCCUGCCUCUGGUGGAGGGAUAAGAUACAGGUUUACUGUGCUUGGAGUGGGGCUGGGGGCAGGUCAUGAACAAGUGCUGCUUUACAGCUGCAGUCAUUUGAGAAGUUGUUGGGGCUCUCAGCUGAGAAGAGACCUGGCCAUUCAUUCCUGAUCCAGUGAGAGAAAGUCAGAUGAGUCAAAGCCUUAUGCACCAGGAAAGCUCAAAUGGCCAGGUGCCACAGGUAGAGCAGCAGCUUCUUGAAUGACUGGAGCUGGAGCACAGGUACUGUCUGAUGGUGCUCUGUGUAAAUUCAAUUUAGAUGGACACUUCUGAAGUCAUAGUGAAAACUGGGAAAGAUUUUAGAGAAAAUUAAAAUUUGCCUACUUGUUUGGUUGCACAGCCAUAACUCAAUCUUGAGUUUUUGGAUUGUUUUUGUUUUGUUUUGUUUUUUUACUGAGCAGCCUAAAACUGCUUUACAAUCUUCUGAGAAGAAUUUAGAGUCUGUAAGGAAAUGCUCUGAGCCAAACAAUCUGUAUUUGUUCAGAAAUGUCCACAAGAAGUCAGUCAAUUCUGCAGUAGCACUUUGUUACAAGAAAAAAUAACCUUUUUCCUGGCCUUUGUACAGAUAGGCUAUAGCAUGUGGUUUUACAUAGAGAUUUUAUACUUAUGAUUAAAACUUAAGUAUAAAUUUAAGUAUACUUAAAACUUUAGUAAUCACUAUUUAUAUUGUUAAAUAAUUGUAUGUUUGCUAUUCUGAAACUGGUAGAGCUCAUCAAUUAUAUGCAAGCAAUAUUGAUUGGUUGGAGAAAGAAUUGUCCUUCUGCUAUGUAUGAUACCUUAAGGAAAUCUGUUUUAGAAUGUGAUUAAGGAAUGUGGCAUCUGUGUAUACGCUGAGUGGUUAUUACAGUCAGGAAAUGAAAGUGCUUCAGAACAGUCCCCUAUUUUCAGGGGUGUAAAAUUCUGCUUUAAACACUCAGUCUGAAGUUUAAAUUCUGAACACAGUAGCAUGUAAUUUUAACUUCUGAGAAAAAUACUGCAAUUGCCUUUGUUUACCUGUAAGUGCUCUACAGCUUUUUCCCCAUUUGCCCAUUCAUGGUUUUUGAUAAUGGUUCUUUAAUACUUCUGUUUUGGGACCUAUAAAACAGUUCAGAUUAGAAGAACUGCAAAACUAUGCUGAAAAUUCUAUUCAGGACCUCCUUAAAAGUCCACUGAAGUGGAAUUCUUUCACCAAGGAAAAUCUGAACCUGCUUCAGCCAGCUGUCUUAACACCACAGUGUAACUGAGAAUAAAUUCCGUUUUUUUCUUAUUAACAAACCGCCUUAAGGCAUAGCUAGAGACAACCACACAAAGCAGAGGAGCUCAAUUGCAAACUAAACCUUGAAUACCUGUUUUGAUUUCUGUUCUGAAGAUGUUUCAGUAGAAAAUCUCAGUGUUGUAUUAGAUCUCCUGCUGUUUGUGCAACACAGAUGAAAUAUGAUUUUGCACUUAAGGAACUGGACUCAUAGCAUGCUUAUGCCUAUUAAAAAUUCCUGAACAGUC